AUGCAGUCUGGAACGCUUCCACCACUGAGCAAAGUAUCUUUUUCUGUGAGCGAUAUUUUGGACCCUGCUAAAUUUCUUGGGAGACGUAGCCGAGUUUACUGCGCAAGCGGAGUCGAAUACCAUACACAGAAAAGUAAUGGUGUCAAAGAUUGUCAACAGGAAAGGCCGGACAGACAAACCGACGGCUCAACAGACUGUACUGCAGAGCCCUCUGCCCGCCGGGGUGAAACCGCUGACCCGUGUCCUGCGGCAUUUUCACCCGGGACCGGCGAGAGCCCCGUUUCCCAGAGCAACCUCAAAUCGCCAAGCCCGGCAAAGCCCAGAUGCAAGUCCCGGCGGAUCCGGACAGCCUUUACAUUCGAGCAGCUCCGAGUCCUCGAGAACCACUUUCGUGCCAGGCACUACCUGUCCGUCUACGAGCGCUACGGCAUCGCCACGGCGCUGCGCCUGUCCGAAACGCAGGUGAAGAUUUGGUUUCAGAACCGCCGUACGAAGUGGAAGAAAGAACGCGGGGGGAAGGAGGCCGAAAACAUGGAACAAGGCGUCCAGAAUAACUGCCUUUUCCCUCUGCCUUUCCCCGCGGCGUUACCGUGCACGCCGCAGGGCACCCUGAGAGACUGCUACCCACCUUUCAGUCUGUGCUCGCAGCCAUCUUUGCUGUCCCCAUUAGUUAGUAGACCUGUUUUUUAAAUAGGCGAUUUCCCCCCCCCUAAAUUAAAUGUUAAGUCUCUUAAAUGUUAGGAGAAAGAAGGACAUUUCUGAACACUUUUUUCAAAUUCCCUGGUGUGAAAGUUUACAGCCAGAAAAAAAAAACAUCUACUUUAAGGACCGUAUUCAUAAAGCGUCUUCGCUCUUUUUCUUGCUUGUGAGAAAACAUCGCAGAAAUAUAUUCCUUGAUACGAAUUUUGAGUAGCUUAAUCGUUGUUGGUUUUAUUAAUGCCAGGAGUUGUAUUUUGUCUUUUCAAAAUCCGGGAGGUAAAUUUAACGUGACUUUAAUGGAUAAAGCACCACAUGUACUGUAACGCUGCGUUCGCUCAAACUGGAAGAAAAACGUAGACUUGCUUGGGUGUAUGGAAAUAAUGUUCUAAACAUUUCACAUAGUGUGAAAUUCAGAAUGUCUCCAACACCAAGAAAAAAAAGUAUUUUUGUACCAAGAUUUACUAUAUAUUGAUAGGAUGAUGUUCUUUUUGUAAAAAAAUAAACAAUCUGAGAUAAUGUAAAAUGCACUAACAUCUGUAUUGAAUUCAAGCGGAACAUUAUUGUUUCUUAAAGUUAUUUAAUUUGGAAGAGCAAAAAUAAGUGUCGAUCUGGGACGCGAUCCUUGUGUCUGACUCAGUCCCUUAGUUUACCUCACUGAAUGUGCAAUUUCCGUUCCAAUUACGGUGACUCAACUAGAUAUUUCUCUGUUGUAAGUCAUGCAAAGUUGCUUUAAAUUCAUUGUUAAAGGGAAAGCUAAGAACAAUUUAGUGGUUAUAUUUCGUUUUGUUUUCGAAUGAAAGUGGGAUUUUGUUUUUCUAAACGUUUUUGUAACAAUUCUUACGCUUUUGCUCUGUUGUAAAUAAAGGUUUCCGAAAUCA